AUGAGCCAGACAGCUGAGGAGCUGCUAAUCAUCUAUGAGACUGAGGCAGAGCAAUGGGCAACCUACCUGAAGACAGUCUUCACUGGCCCCAUCUCAGAGGCCGGGAUCUGCUGCUAUGACAUCGCUACAGUGUCCAGCCGGCGGGACGACUUCCUCAGGCUGGCCCAGUAUAACUGCAAGCUCCUAAUCCUUUCCAAAGGCAUGCUGGAGGGUCUUUGCCAGAUGUGGCGCUUCUUCCUGGCCCGUGUGUUGAGUCCAGCAGCUAAUGUGGUGGUGCUGCUGUGUGGGGUGGAGAGUCUGACCCCACUUCUGGAGAGGGUGCCCCUAAACGGCGACGAAUGCCUGGUGAUCUCCAGUGAACAGGAUGCUCACGUGUACCUGUCAACUGUGACUGAUAUUGUGAAAAAAGGCGGAUCAACCACAGCAGCAAAUGUCAACCCCCUGACAUGUAAACUAUCAGGAUCAGAGCAAAAGGCGGAACAAAUGCAGUCAACUGGAGCUCACAGUGUCAGAUGCAGCGCUGUAGUCGUUCCUUCCAGAGUUCCCUGCGGGACCUCUAUGGACGUGUUCAUUCUUUUGAAAAAUGAGGCUCCUGGCAGCGACGCUGAGGUUGAGUUUACUGCUGAAAAUCAAAUGCUAAGACUGAAGCCUGUCCAUUGGAAUGACCGAAUCCUGUGUGUCAAAGCACCAGAUUUUCCAGCAGGCAACGUAAGAGUGACCGUAUAUAGUGAUGGAGCGCCGCUGAGCAUGGCACAGCUGCAGUACUACAGCAGCAUGGAGGAGAUCUCCUGCCUUCUGUCGAGGGUAGCAGACCCUGUAGAUUUCAUGUGUCAGGCUCUUCAGGUUUCCUCUGUGGACAAGUUGGAUGAGAAGUUGUCCUCCAUGCUGCUGGAGGGAAUGCCCACUGGAGGCUUUCGGGCACUGCAGUGUGAGAACACACCUGACAGAGAGAUCCACCCUGCGGAUGUACCAUCACUCCUCCACUUUGCUGCCCAGUAUGGAUUCAAGAGUGUGUCCAGCCUGCUACUGCAGUGUCCAGGUGCUGAGCGAGCACUACACACAGCCAAUCGGCAUGGUCAGACUCCCACAGAGAUUGCCAAGAGUCACGGCCACACAGAGCUUCACACCCUAUUGAAGGAAACACUGAAUAUGCUCAACCCUGAUGAGGACAAUGGUGAUACCAGUGUGUACGAAGUGAUGUGCACUGCAGGGAAUCCUUCCACCACAGAUGUACAGCAAGAGCAACAAGGAGGGGAUGAAGGGGAGGAGGUGGAGGAUCUCUAUGCUCCACUGGGGGUGAAUGAUGAAUAUGACACCAUCCUGAACUCAACAAAAGCAGUGUUUAUUGCCAAUCGCCCACCAGCACCCACACCUCGGCCUGAGAGCACCCAGGUGAAGGAAGACAAAACCCCUUACAUUGCUCAAGUGUUCCAGAAGAAGAAGACACCACAGGGUGAGGCUGAUCUCUAUUCACUGCCCACUAAACAAGCACGCGGGCGAGAAGACAGCAUCUCUUCCACCUAUGACACCUUCGUGCCAAACCAGAUAGACGGGCUUCAGCAGCUCAUUGAGCUCCAGCAGAGGGUGAAGGCAGGUUCGCUCACUGUGGAUGAAGCCCUGGAGCGUUUCAGUGACUGGCAGAGGGUUCAGAAGGGCAUGGAUGCCAUCCAGCAAGAGAAGUUGAAUCAGCUGAGAGCAAGUAUCAUCAACAACAGAGAGGACGAUGACAGUGUCUAUGAUAAAAUCAACAUCGUUCAUCACACGCCAAGUGUUGCCGUGAAUGAGAGUCGGAGAGGAAGCCAACCAGUGGAGUCUGAUUUUUACAGCAAGCCACUCAAAGGACAGCACUCAAAUUUCUUUUGGAGAGCUGAUAAACGGUGAAGGCUCCAUCACUCCCCCAAAGAUUCAGUUCUUCCAGUGAUUAUACGGGUUUAAUCUGUUGAUAAAUGUAGGCUUUUCAAUUGUUUUGUAUUUUAAAGUAAAAAGAGAGAUUUUUGAUAUACUGCCUCCUGCUUUUUCAGCUCUAACCUUCUCAUUUAAAUGAUUAUGGAAGUAAAUUCUGGU